UUUAGUGCAGGAUCGCACGGAUUGGGAUGGAGCUGCACCUUUGUUGAGCAGCACACACACACACACAAAGCGUCUCCUCCUCAGGUUAAGGCAUCAGUGUGACAGCAGCAGCAGCGGAGACACGCAGAGAGACAGAAGAUGAAGAAACGCUGUCUGGACGUGGCGAAGCUGCGCAAGAUGAAGAAGCUCAGACUGACCGAGAGGAUCUCAGAGAGUGCGUACUCGUUCCUGAAGUUCAUGACCGUGUGGAUGGUGGUGCUCCUGGCUGACUUUAUUCUCGAGUUCAGACUGGAAUACUUGUGGCCAUGCUGGCUCUUCCUCGGCACCGUUUACACCACGUUCCACUGCCACGGCCUGGCUAUCUGUAUGGUCUUUGUGUGCGCCGCGUUUACGCUGGAUAUAUUCUGUUUAAUUUUUGUACCGCUACACUGGCUGUUUUUCGCAGCCAGCACAUACGUGUUACUCAACUACAUAUGGCACACAGAAAAAGGUAUUUGCCUGUCAACUGUGACAUUAUGGAUUCUUCUCGUAUACACGGAGACCUCGCUCAGGCUGAGAGACCUGAAGAACCCAUACGCCAACCUCUCUCACCUAUUUGCUGCUCACUGCAUUGGCUAUCCGCUGGUGUACAUGGGAUUUGAUGCAACAUGUUACUUCUCUGGCAUCUUAAAACUUCGCACACAAAAAGCAGUUCAGAGCGAAAACGACUUGCACAUGCAUUUCCUUCAACAUCCCCUACCUCCGUACACACAGCUCUACCCAAAGCCAGGGGUGGAAGAAUCCAAAUGGAGGACCAAACCAGGGCUCAUGCAAUACCCGUGUCCAAACGACACCGUCAUAUCAGAGGACAAGCCAGACCACGGGGACUGUCCCCAACUCCACAGGCUGCACGGGAGAACGGAGCGAGAUGCGGGGGACGCCCGGAUACGAGAACCGAACCCUCAGCCUCCAGGAUCUAAGCAGCACGGGGUCGAGGCGCGCUCAGGUUCGGCGCUGCUUCCAGACGUCCACGAACAACUACCUCAGGAGGAGCAAAGUGGGAAAGCUCUGAGAGUCUCUAGAGGACCCCAGGUUAAAGUGCAGAAGAGCUCGGUGAACAUCGUAACCAGCAAGGCAGAGAAGAAAGAGAAGAAAAACCCAAAAGCCAUCAGCUCCAAUGGAGACACAGGAGAACGGAGCACAAACAUCCAGGUUCUUCACAAUCCUCAUGCUGAGCAGAUCUCCAAGCUGGAGCAGGAGAUGAGGAAGCUGAAGGUUGAGCUGCAGACGAGCAGACAGAACGAGCAGGAGUUACGCAGUCACAUCUGUAACCUCACCAACAGCGAGAACAGCCUGCGGCCCGAAGUCUCACUGCUCAGACACGCCAAUGAACUUCUGCAGAACAAGCUUCAGUAUCUGAGUAAAUCCAGGCAGAAGGACAAGCAGAGUUGUGCCGUAUUGGAGAAGAAAUCCAGAGUGGAGACCGAGAGCAGAUUAACUGUAGAAAAACAACUGGCGGAAAUUCGGUCGCAGAAAUUCAACGAGGCAGCUUUUUUACUACGUAACGCAUCGAACAGGCAGGAACACAGCGAGACGCAACUGUUAAGGAAAAGAGUUAGAGAUCUAGACACAGAGUACAAACAGCUACAGCUGGACUGUCAGGGGAAAGACAAUCGAGUGCUAGCGCUAGAAAAAGAAGUGGAGUCUCUGCAGAAGCUCAGGUGUACAGAGCACGAGGCCGACGCGCUGCUCUCCGCGCUCUCCUCUCUUCAGGAUAAAGCUCAGCAUUUAGAGUACAACCUGAGCGCGGAGACACGACUCAAACUGGACCUGUUCUCAGCGCUGGGGGACGCUCGCAGACAGCUGGAGAUAUCGCAGACCAAACUCCUCAAACAGGACCAGGAGAUCAAGGAGAUGAAACAGAAGAUCGCCGAGGUCAUGGCAGUUUCUCCGGGCGUGUCCUACGUGGCUCCGCGCUCCACCGUUCCGCAGUACCUCAAGUUCCUCAACUCGGAGCGCUACGUCCUGAACCCACGAGGUCUCAUGUACCAGUGUCUAAAGAAAUGAUCACAGUGAAGGACUCAAAAUUUUUGUUAAAAAUAAUAAGCUUCAGAUGAGUUUGUCUGAAUAAAGCGGUACAACGCCGUUGAAGUUUCCCCGGGUCGCAUCGAGACCCGGCGAGUUUUACGACUCUGAACCAGAGGUUCUCGAGGACACAGAGCUGAUUGUACAUCUGUACAUUCGUGGUGCUACAGAAGUAUACGAAGCAACACUGGUCAAUUAUUUAUAAUCCUGACGUCGAUCGCGUCGUUAAAUUACUUCUUUAAAAAACAACGACGGCAUUCGGACAAUUUUUUUCCCGAGUUUUAGCUGGAGUUGGUGACUAUUUUCAUAAAAAAAGAGGAAAAAAGCAAACCAGGCUCAAUGGCUCAUGUUGUGCCUCAAUACAUUAUUUAUACAAUAAACAAGCCAAUACCUAAUGUCAGUAAUGUGAAUAUAAAGUGCUUUGUACUGUUUUGUAUUCCUUUUUACAGUAUACACAUUGUAAAGGAAUUUGACUUCUUCUCACUUUGUAUACGUUUUCACGUUCUUCGGACCUGUCGCCUUUUUAAACGUGUCGAUGAGGUGUUUUUUAUGAGAUAUUUAUUUUUCUGCCUUGAUGUACUUUUCCUCUCUUCCUGAAAGAGAUACCGAAUUGAUGGUCUUGGUUUUGCAUGCUGAUUUCUGAGUACAGAAGUAAAGCUCAGUUUUGAUGUUUAAUUGUGCAUUUGUGCAAGGGCUAACAUUUUCUUCCAAGAUCUUUUGGAACAACAAUAAA